CUUCCCAAAUUUUCCCCUUCUGCUGCAGCUCGUAUCCAAAACAUCUAUCUAUAGUACGGAGUACGAGAGAGUGAAAGAUGUUUAACUCGGUGAAUCUGGGCAACUUCUGCUCCCAGACGCGCAAAGACCGGACAUCCGAGUUUGGGGACAGGACGGGCUGCGCGUCCAACAUCUACCUCCCCAGCUGCACCUACUACGUCCCAGAGUUUUCUGCCGUGUCCUCGUUUCUUCCACAGGCCCCGUCCCGGCAAAUCAGCUACCCUUAUUCCACAAAUCUGUCUCAAGUGCAGCCGGUACGGGAAGUUUCAUACGGCUUGGACCCUGCUAGUAAAUGGCACAGAAGCAAUUAUGCAUCGUGCUACUCGGGAGAGGAUCUGGUGCAUAGGGACUGUCUUCCACCAUCCACCAUGACAGAAAUGCUUAUGAAGAACGAGAAUGUGUACAGCCACCACCACCACCAUCACACCCACCCGGGCUCCAAUCACCCCUCCACAGGUUUUUACUCCGGCGUGGGGAAAAACAGCGUCCUCCCGCAAGGUUUCGACCGCUUUUUUGAGACCGCAUACUGCAGCAGCACGGACAAUCAGUCAGACAAUUGUUUACAAAAGGGCGAGGGGGGAAAGCUGGAAAGCGCCUCCCAGCAGCAGCAGCAACAGCAGGAGCCCAUAGCCUCUGUACUCGGAGCCCCGGAGCAGGAAAAAGACCCAGAAGAUGAGGAGGAACAUACAAAUUCAGGCUCAUGCACUUCUUCCUCCGCAACAACCAAGGACGGCACCGCCAACAAGAGCAGCCACUCGAGCACUCCUCGCACAAGGAAGAAGAGGUGUCCAUAUUCCAAGUUUCAGAUUCGAGAGCUGGAGCGGGAAUUCUUCUUUAAUGUUUACAUCAACAAAGAGAAAAGGCUUCAGCUUUCCAGAAUGUUAAACCUCACCGACCGCCAAGUUAAAAUUUGGUUUCAGAAUAGAAGAAUGAAAGAGAAGAAGCUGAGCAGAGAUCGCCUCCAGUACUUCUCUGGAAACCCCUUAUUGUGAGCAGGAGCAGAAAGUGUCACAAUCUUGGUCAGUGACAUUACGGCCUACUCGUAUCUCAUUGAAUUGUAAUCGUGGACAUAACCAUUUUCUAAAGGAGCCCAUAUCACCAACAGUGCAAUGUUAAAGUGGACAGUGGGAGUAUUAGGCCUGCAUGGGAUGAAGUCGCCAUUUUCGUAUUGCCCUUCGGGCGACGGUGAAUUUCUAGCUGGUCCCCAGAAAGGCCUUCAUGGUUAGAAUAAUCAUUUAUACUUAUGAUCUUCUUGAAUAUGUCUCUAUUUAUCACGAUUCUCCAUUGUGUUUAUUAUAUUGUUCAUGUAGACAUACUUGUUGUUAAAAUAUCAAAUGUAACAACCAGUUUGAAUCAUUAUUGCGCAGACAACUUUUAGCUCUUCCCCCGUUCCUCUGGUCUAUGUAUAUAGCAUAUAAUUAUCUAAUUAUUUCUCGACCAGAUAUGAACAAGUUAUAGCAAAUGUCCUGGCUACAUUUUUCGCCAUUAAGAACUCUGAUGUACAAUCUGUGAAAGUAUAUCCCCCUGUACAGAGCAGCCUAUGCAAUGUGCAUUUGUGACUGUAAAUAGGCGUACAUGUUGAAUUUCCUUUCCUCUAUCCCUGCUGCUAUUUUUCACUACACUGCCCAUGCAACUUUAACAGCUUUAACGCCAACACUCGUUAAAUUAUUUGCUUAAAACAUUGGUGCUUUGGAUUCCAGAGAGGAGGAA